AUGGAUAAAAAAAAUCGUAAAAGACUUUUUGAAACCCCUGAGCACUGUACCGACAAAAGUAACGGAAGCAAAUGGCGAGAAAGUAAUAGAAAUUAUUACCGAGGGAAAGCUUGUGCAUUGCGGCCCUUAUCCGCCAGUAUAUGUUUAUACAAGCGCAGACGUGCUUUGUCUUUUGUGGAGUUUUUAUACCAAGCUUCCAAUCAGAAAAGCAACUGUCGUGAAACAAAGGGAAUACUUAAUUCGGAAACUGAAAGUCUUGCAGAAACAAUUCAAGAAGCUAGAAAGAAGAAAGGAAUUCCGUCCAUGUAUGUUAAACCUAACCCACACGAUCAAAAACAACGAAAUAAAAAGUUUCAUGGCCGGAGCUUCCGUCGCGUUAUCACCCUCGAAACCACCAAAUAUAACGAGAUUAAAUGUAAAAGAAAUAAAAGCGAAGGUAGCAGAUAUGAGGUCAGAGAAUAUGAUGAUAUUUCAAGGGGUAAAUCGUGCCCUAACAGCGCAAGAACAGGAUCAAUGCAAGCACCCGUGGGGAAAUUGUGCGGAAUCGGUGCCGUGGGAAGCGAUGAAGGGACAAAAUGGACAUCAUGUCGAUUUGUACAGCCAUGCUAUAGAAUUAGAAAAAAUGAAAUCCAGAGAUCUUUGCAUAAUGUGUCAGAGGGUAGCACACUCAUUGAGUCUCAAGGGUGUUGCAACAAUUCAUCCAUGGUAAUCGAGAUUAUUACGAGUGAAUCCAACUGUCACCAACUUGCAGUUUCUGUUAAUCAAGGGCCCUGUGAAGUAUCAAGUCUUAUGAAUACAAAAAAUCUUGGCUUUAACUAUAUCAUACUUGUUGGGAAGCGAGAGUUUGUAAUAAUUUUUUUAGAUUUUUAUGGUCGAGUUUUUGAAUUAGACAAGAUGUCUGAUGGGCCACUUGGGAACUAUUUGGAAGAGGUGACAACAAAACCCUGGACUGGCGAGGUGGCAUGGGAUAUUGAUGACGAUGGAGUUAUUUUUGAAUUCGAGUAUUAUACUGAAGCUGAACGUGAUUUUAUACGUCAGGAUUAUCCCGAAAUCCCGGAAACUUGA